CCGCCCGCCCCGCCCAGGUGGCGCCCAUCGCACCCCCCCCCACCCUCCGCGGCGCCCCCGUGCGGCCGCGCCCAGCUGGCGCCCAUCGCCGCCCAGCGCCAUUGGCGGGGCGGGGCGGCGGGGCCAUGGAGGCCGGGGGCGACCCCAGCUUGCUGCUGCUGCGGGAGCUGCUGGCGCCGCUCUGUCUGGACCGCAAGUCACCCCCGGGACCCCCGGCGCCUCGCGAGCCGCGACCCCUGAGAUGCAGGUCCCUCUGGCCCACCUGCCAGGGCUCCCUCCUGCGCCUCCUCCAAAAGACAGAAGAGGACUUGGCUCUGCGCCCCCUCUCUGGCGCCCAGGCCCUGGGGCCCUGCUGGGAACCGAUGGCCCUGGGGACCCUGGGGACCCUGGCCGUGGCCCAGGCUUCCAAGAGCAUGCCGAGAACAGCCAGCCCCAAGCGCCGCCACCCGGAGCACCCCCAGGCGCCGCCUCGGAGGAGAGCCCGGAAGCAGCCGCGCCCGCGCCCAGGCAGCGCGCGCGAGGAUCCGGACUUCAGAGGGGUGACGCUGAAGUUCCAGAUCAGCCCGGACCGCAGCCUCCAGAUCUCGCCCACCUACAGCCUGGCCAGCACCAGCCUCGCUCAAAAACCUCUCCCCAGCCCAGCCAGGGUCCCUGAGCCCAGCCAUGGGAGCAGUGAGGUCCUGGAACCACGGCGAUGUGCUUCAUGCAGGACCCAGAGGACCCCGCUGUGGAGAGACGCCGAGGAUGGGACACCCCUCUGCAAUGCCUGUGGAAUCAGGUACAAGAAAUAUGGUACCCGUUGUUCCAGUUGCUGGCUGGUGCCAAGGAAAAGUGUCCAGGCCAAGCGUCUGUGUGGCAGGUGUGGGGUGUCCGUGGGAUCCCAUCCAGGCCCCACUCAGGAAACCUAAGCGUUCUUUCACCCAGAGGAGUGGGUCCUGCCUCAGUUUCUCCCAGGGAAGAGAGGGCAGAACUCAGAAGCCAGUCUGCCCUCCGUCACUUCCCACUCCAGCUCCCAGGUUGGAAGGUCAGGCCUCAAGGCGGGGCUGCAGGACCCCAGGCUCCUCCCCUUCUCCACCUGGCCCUGCUGGGCCCCAAAUAAAGGAAAUACCUGAGCAGAGA